ACAACUAUGUAUUUAUAAUAUUGUAACUACUAUACGUAGUUACGUUGCGUCAUGAAAAAGUGGGGGGUAAUUCAUCAUUAAAUCAUUCUGUAUUGCGGAUAUCAAUCCGUCAACAAUGUUCGUAAUAAGUACAGUAUGAGUGGUGUUAAAAAAAGGAUUAACCAUUUAGCAGUGUAUAAACAACGAACGAAACAUGACGAUAACGCUGAAUUAUCCGAAGUUGUCAUUAUAUCUGCGAGAAAGACCGGAAAUUUAAACCUCUCAUCGAGAGGUCUCUACACGGUACCUAAUAGAGUAUGGAGUAUAAAUGAAUUAACACAGGAAGAGCUGAAGGAGCUACAUUUUGAGCUCGACUAUGUUCAUAAAGAUGAACGUUGGUGGGAACAGGAGCCACUUAAAAUAUUGGACUUAAGUCAUAAUAGCUUAACUAAAAUUGAUUCAAAAGUAGAAAGUUUAACAGAAUUGACAACAUUACUUUUACACGAUAACAUAUUAGAAGAUUUACCUCCUGAGAUUGGAAAUUUAAGUAAAUUAAAAGUACUAAAUCUAUCAAAUAAUAAGUUAGAAAACUUACCACAUCAAUUUUACAAGUUGAAUGAAUUACAUGAAUUAUGGUUAAAGAACAAUACUUUAAGAGAACUAAACCCUGCAAUUGGUGACUUGAUAAUGUUGUCUCAUCUGGAUUUGUCAUGUAACAAUUUGUCUGAACUGCCACUGGGAAUGGGAUAUUUAGUAAGAUUGAUUUCUUUGGAUGUAAGUCACAACAUGUUAAAAGAAUUACCAUCUGAUUUAACAAGUAUGAGAGUGUUACAAAAGCUAGAUGUAAGCUAUAAUCGAUUGGAAGAGUUGCCGCCGCUGGGUGAAUUGCGGAAGAUAGAAACAGUAAUGUUGCAAACAAAUAAAUUAACGACAUUUCCUGACCUGUCUGGUUGUACACUUUUAAAAGUAUUACACUUGGCUGAUAAUGACAUUACUGAAAUUGAUAUGUCUUGUUUCGAAGGUAUAGGACAAUUGAAAAUAUUAACAUUAGGAAAUAACAAAAUUGAUGCAAUACCGGAGGAAAUAAUAAAAUUGGUAAAUCUGGAAAUUCUCGAUUUAUCAUACAACAAUUUAACUAUGAUACCAAGCUAUGUCGGUAUAAUGCCAAAUUUAAAACAAUUUAUAAUUGAAGGAAACGAUGUACAAAAUGUUAGAGCCGAUAUAAUACGAUGCGGUACAUUUCGUAUUUUGAAGCAUAUACGACAGAGCAUUAACAGUACAAAUUUACGUACAAACGAAUAUUUAAUAACAGAUGCAGAUACAAAUAUUUAUCCAGAUAAAUAUACGAUGCAAAGUACAAAAUUACUUAGUUUGUCCGGGCAGAAUCUUGUUGAAUUACCGCAGGAAGUCUUGGAAGAUGCAUGUAAAGCAGAUGUAGGCACAGUGGAUCUAAGUAGAAAUAAGCUAUCUGCCGUGCCCGAACAGUUAUCGAUAAUUGCAAAAGUUGGUGAUUUGAAACUAACUUCUAAUCAACUAACACACAUACCAGAAUGGAUUGGUGAAAAGUAUGAAUAUUUGCAAGCUUUGGAUUUAAGCAAAAACUUUUUACAAUCGCUGCCUUCUAGCAUUGGCUUACUGAAAUACUUGCGAGAAAUUAAUAUUUCGUUUAACAGGUACAAAGAAAUACCAGAAUCCAUAUAUGAUGUUGAAUCGUUGGAAAUAUUUAUAGCAAAUGACAAUUUAAUAUCCGAAAUUGACGUAUUAUCCUUACAAAAAUUGCGAAAGCUCGCAAUAUUGAAUCUCGCUAACAAUAACAUCGGACAUGUGCCGCCGGAACUUGGCAAUUUAAAGAAUCUAAGAAUGUUAUCUUUAUCUGGAAAUUGUUUCAAGCAACCGAGACAAGCAAUAUUAGCCAAAUCUACGGAAGAAGUGCUUGCAUAUCUUAGGGACAGGAUACCUCAGUAGGAUAUAAACGAUAAGUUGUUAAACUGUCUUUAAAUGUUUAUUCUAAUUGAAAGAAUAUUAUGCAAAAGGUGUAAGAAUAACAGAAAUAUGUGGCAAAUUUGUAUGCUAAUUCUAUAAUGUUAUCGAAUUGAUAUAUUCCUAAAGUAAAUUAUUUAAAAUAGUUAAGCAAAUCAAAUUUAUCUCUAAACAAAUAAUAAACAAAUUUUAAUAACGCGAAACAGCC